AUGGAGUCACUUGACCUUAUUAAAAGACAUGGAUCCACUCAUUAUGCCAAUAUACAUUAUGGGUAUUAUGUUCUUGGAGUAAUAGUUUUCUAUGUCUUAUUCUUAAUGUUGAUGAGGCGAGUAAUUCCAACCAGGUACACCAAAAUCUCGCCAUGGAAAAACAAACUUCUACAAAGCAUAAGAACGGCGUCACCAAUCUUUCAUCUGCCAUUACUUGCGGUUCUUGUGUUUGCUCCCUUCAUACAUCAUUACUCAUUCAUAGGGAACAUUUCUGUUUACAUCAAAAGAUUAGGUCGCCUGGGGUAUGUUUUGGUGAUUCUCAACGUCCUUUUAACAUUGAGACCUGUCAAUCCAAUUCUUGGAUUUAACUACCUUGAUUUCAUCCCAUUGCAUAAGUGGCUUUCUAGAUUUAUCACGGUGUUAGGUCUCUGUCACGGUAUUGCCUUUAUUAUCAAAUGGUCUGUUAAUUCAGACGUAUCUGUCAAAUCUAAGGUAACUGCAUUGUACAAUUUUAUUGGUGUCAUUGCAUUUUUACCUUUAUUUGCCAUAUUAUUCCUGUCCAUCCGCCCUUAUAGACGCCAUAACUACAAUGUCUUCUAUGUUGUUCAUCAAUUGGCCCAAUGGUCUAUGGUAUUCUUGAUACCAAUUCAUGCUAGACCUAAAGUCACUGUACCAUAUUUCCUUUGUUUGCUUGCCAUAUAUAUAUGGAGAGCAUUCAGUUACUGCUACUACGCAAACACGGUAAAUAUAACACAGAGAAUUAAACAAGACCAAUCCCUCUCUUAUAUCAAGGUUGAAAGGGGAAAUAUUAGAGAUUGGCUACCAGGGUCACACCUACGUAUAUCAAAGCAUAAAAAGACCAAUCCCCUGUAUUGGUUAACUCCUACAAAACCAUAUACAAUAGCUUCUCUACCGGAUGAAAACCAAGUGGAUUUGAUUGUUAGGGAAAAAGCAGUUCCCUAUGUUACGGUUGGCGAGUAUACUGUCGUGGAUGUGUACAAUACAGUUUCACCAUCCUUUUUAUAUGACUCUCAAAGGGUAGCUAUUGUAGUUGGGGGAAGUGGUAUAUCAUUUGGAUUAGGUGUAUUUAAGUUUCUUCAAGCUAGAAAUCUGGAAUACCUUAAGUUUAUAUGGCUGGUUAAAGAUAAAGACGACUUGCAUAUUUUAAAUCACUGUAAUGUUGAUGUCAAUGAUAUCGAAGUAUAUGUUACAAGAUCCUUCCCUGAUGAUGAUACACAAACUAAGUCCCAUGAUACAAAUAACAAUAAUAGUAAUAGUUCUGCAUUUGACGACAUAGACUUUGAAUUGGAGAACAUGGAUGAGUCUGGUGCUUUACUCUCAAAUGACCCAAAAAUGCCUCCAAAUAUCCAUUUUGGCAAAAGGUUAGACUGGCAAGUCGAUUUAGCUCAUUUUAUUGAAACACAUGCCCUAGAAAAUACGUGGCUUGUAUGUUGCGGUCCAGAAUCACUUCUAAAAGAUGGUCAAAAUUAUGCGAAUCAAAAUUACUGUAACUUUGUGAAAGAGUUUUACAACCUAUAA